GCCACUUAUAUCGUACACGCACGCAGGCGGCACCUGGUUUCUUGCACUUACACGUCGCAACCUCCCGCACCUGAGAUACGAUACACACACUUUUCCCCCAUCAUCGCAACGCAAGCCUGCAGACCGCCGUCCGGAUGGGACUCGACCACCGCAUGAACCUCCAGUUCGACUCAUCCGCCCUGACUGGCCAGAGUAGCCCGGCCAACAACACAUGGAUGCCGGACAAGCCGCCCAGCAGUAAAGACAGUCGUGCCAGUAGUAACGCCCGCUCCUCAUGGACACCGUCGUGGACCCCGUCGUGGACCCCGUCGAAACCCCUGCUCCCCGCCUUGUCGUGGAAGCAGCACGGGUCCCGUCCUUGAUCCCUCCGAUCUGGCAUGAUACCGUUCGCCAGCUCGGCAUGAAGGAGCGCAAGGAGGCUGGCCUGUCCCUGGCUCACGCAUUCGCCACCGACCCCCUGAGCGUCUAUCUGCUCGCCGACGAACUUGACAAAGGAUGGCCUCCCGAGCGUCUCUGGAAGCUCCACGUGCGCAUCAUGAGGUACACGUUCGCGGCGUAUAGACUCAGGGGCGUGGCCACGGCGGUUGGCCCAGACUACGAGGCCAUCGCCCUGUGGACACCGCCAGGCAAGUUCAACGACGACUGGUGGGCGACGCUCUGGAGCGGCACCUGGCGGCUCUGGUAUCAGCUGCCGUCUGAAGCCAGGCGCCGUUUUUUCACAGAGCUCGUUCCGGCGCUGCACGAUGCGCGGAAGCAAGUCAUGGGAGACCUCAACAACGACUGCUGGUACCUCGGAUACAUUGGCACGAAGCCUAAUGCUCGAGGACGAGGCUAUGCGAGUAAGCUCAUUGGAGCCAUGGCUGAACAGGCCGAUGCCGAAAACCGCCCCAUCUACCUUGAGUCGUCAUCCCUAGCCAACAUAAAGCUGUACGAGAAGUUCGGCUUCGAGGUCAAAAACGAGAUUGCCCUGAAGCGCGGUCCGACGCCUGUGUAUCUGUACUGCAUGGUUCGUACGCCGCAGCCGUCAGUGCUACAGCAGUCGGUUACAGAGUCUUCGACCGAGGGCCUCAAGGCUUGAGAGGGAUGCGGCGCAGUAGCGGGUUUUGGACUGGUCUUGGAGGGGAGGUGGACAAGUACUCGGGUCUUAUGACACCUCGUGCAGAGACUAUGUGAGAGGGACGGGGCCAGAAUGUCAUGCGUGAAGGAGGAGUUUAUGCCUGUUUUGUUCCGUACCGACUUGCAUUUUGGCACCAGACUGACAAAGAGAAAUGAUACAUUCCGUCAUGACCG